GCAAGUUUCUACUCUACGCACCCUACCCCCACAGUGACUAAACUGUUUGGUUAUGUUCGACGUAUAAUUUUUAACACUUGUUUGAUUGUACAGUUGUAAAUUUAAAGAAACCACUAGUAGAAGGAUGGCGCGGAGCGGACGCGAUAGAAGCCGUUCCCCGGAUAGAAAACGCCGUCGGUCUAGGUCACGCAGCAAAGACAGAUCGAGGUCUAGCAGAUACCGUAGGAGUAGAUCGCGGGACAGACGCAGUCGUUCGAAAGACAGGAGAAGCAGAUCGCGGGACCGGAGAGACCGCGAACGACGAUCUUACAGUCGAGACAGGGACCGCAGACGGGGUGACAGUAAAGAAAAACGGGGGUCAGGCAGCAGCAAGUCGAGACGGAGAGACAGGUCCAGGUCGCGUUCCAGAUCGACAGACCGCAAGAAAAACGAUGAUUCCGGACUGGGAUUCGAUCCUGCGAAUUUGGACAAGGAAGAAGAACAGAAGAAACUCGAGCUUGAGAUGCAGAAGCGGCGCGAACGUAUCGAGAGAUGGCGCGCCGAGCGCAAAAAGAAAGAAGCCGAGAUGGCGAAAGGGGCCCCCAAGCCGGCGGCGGCGGGCGACGAAGGAACCGCGAAGAAGUGGUCGCUCGAGGACGACGAGGAAGAGGAUGAAGAUAAAGAUAACAAAGGCGAAAAGGAGGAAAGUGUAGAGAAGGUGGAAACUGAGGAGAAGAACGGCGAGGAGCCUCCGCCUGAGGUGGUAGAGGACGAGGUGGAUCCGUUGGACGAGUACAUGAAGGGCGUCCAGGAGGAAGUGAGGAAGACGCAUAAGCUGGAUAUGAAGAAGCCAAAAACAGACUCUGGGAAUAAAAAAGGUGCCUUAGUUAUUGUAACGGGAGUGGCAAAAUCUAAAGUCAAUAAAAAUAAGGGCGAGCUGAUCGAGCAGAAUCAGGACGGGCUGGAGUACUCGUCGGAGGAGGAGAUCGAGGAUUUGAAGGACACGGCUGCGAGUAUUGCGAAUAAGCAGAAGAAGGAGCUGGCGAAGAUCGAUCACAACAACAUUAUUUAUUUGCCGUUUAGGAAGAAUUUUUACGUGGAGGUGCCGGAGAUCGCGAAGAUGACGGACGAGGAGGUGAAGGAGUAUAGGGAGGAGUUGGAGGGAAUCAGGGUCAAAGGCAAAGGCUGUCCCAAACCCAUCAAAACGUGGGCACAAUGCGGCGUCUCCACCAAAGAACUCAACGUCCUCAAAAAACUAGGUUUCGAAAAACCCACCCCCAUCCAAGUCCAGGCCAUUCCUGCCAUCAUGUCAGGCAAAGAUCUAAUAGGGAUCGCCAAAACCGGCAGCGGGAAAACCCUAGCUUUCGUCUUACCCAUGUUCCGCCACAUCUUAGCCCAGCCACCCCUGGAGGAAACCGACGGCCCCAUCGCCAUAAUAAUGACCCCAACCCGCGAACUGUGCAUGCAGAUAGGCAAAGACAUCAAGAAGUUCACCAAGGGUUUGAACCUCCGCGCUGUCUGCGUCUACGGCGGCACCGGGAUCUCCGAACAAAUCGCCGAGCUGAAGCGCGGCGCCGAAAUCAUAGUAUGCACCCCAGGUCGGAUGAUCGACAUGCUGGCCGCCAACAGCGGAAAAGUCACCAACCUCCGCCGCGUCACCUACAUCGUCCUCGACGAAGCCGACCGCAUGUUCGACAUGGGCUUCGAGCCCCAGGUCAUGCGCAUCAUCGACAACGUCCGCCCAGAUAGACAGACCGUGAUGUUCAGCGCCACGUUCCCGCGCCAGAUGGAGGCUCUCGCGCGCCGCAUCCUGCAGAGACCCAUCGAGGUCCAGGUGGGCGGGCGGUCCGUGGUGUGCAAGGACGUGGAGCAGCACGUGGUCAUCCUCGAAGAGGACCUCAAGUUCCUGAAACUGUUGGAACUGCUAGGGUUGUACCAGGAGCGCGGGAGCAUCAUCGUGUUCGUGGACAAGCAAGAGAACGCCGAUAUUUUGUUGAAGGAGCUGAUGAAGGCGGCGUAUAAUUGUUUGAGUUUGCACGGGGGUAUCGAUCAGUUCGAUCGGGACUCCACGAUUAUAGACUUCAAGUCGGGGAAGGUGAAGCUGCUGAUUGCGACGUCGGUGGCGGCGCGGGGGUUGGACGUGAAGCACUUGAUUCUGGUGGUGAACUACGACUGUCCGAAUCACUACGAGGAUUACGUCCAUAGGUGCGGGAGGACGGGGCGGGCGGGGAAUAAGGGGUUUGCGUACACGUUUAUCACGCCGGAGCAGUCGAGGUACUCCGGGGACAUCAUUAAGGCGUUCGAGUUGGCGACGGUGACGGUGCCGGAGCCGCUGAGGGCCCUGUGGGAUACGUAUAAGGCGAAGCAGGAGGCAGAAGGCAAGAAGGUCCACACCGGUGGCGGCUUCAGCGGCAAGGGCUUCAAAUUCGACGAGAACGAAGCGGCGGCUGUCAACGAGCGCAAGAAGUUCCAAAAAGCUGCCCUAGGUCUGGCAGACUCCGACGACGAAGACCUGGAGCACGACAUCGACCAACAAAUCGAGAGUAUGUUUGCUACGAAACGAACAGUAAAAGAAAUCAAAGCUCCUCUAGGUACAUUUUCCACUUGUGUCACACUCGUGGAGUUAUAUUUUUUUUACUUCUUAGGGCUUAUUAAUCCAGCCGCCAUGGGUAACACCCACACCGCAAUCGAUAAACUGGAACUGGCGAAAAGGUUAGCUUCUCGCAUCAACUUCUCCAAGAACAUAAGUUUGGAUACGAAGUUCGCCACGCAACAAGCUGCCGAGUCGAUCUUGAAGGGUAGCAGUAGCACGUUGGCCAUCACCGCCAAGACGGUGGCUGAACAAUUGGCGGCGAAGUUGAACACGAAGUUGAAUUAUCAGCCGAAGGACGACGACGAAAGGGACGACAUUGAUAAUGAGCAGACCUUCAGGAAGUAUGAAGAGGAGUUGGAGAUUAAUGACUUCCCGCAGCAGGCGAGGUGGCGCGUCACGUCUAAAGAAGCCUUGGCACAAAUUUCGGAAUAUUCAGAGGCUGGGAUUACGGUCAGAGGGACGUACGUCCAGCCGGGGAAGUCGCCCCCAGAAGGAGAGCGGAAGUUGUAUCUGGCGAUCGAAAGUACGUCGGACAUCGCCGUGGCUAAAGCCAAAGCGGAGAUCACGCGGUUAAUUAAAGAAGAGUUGCUGAAAUUGCAAACGGCGGGUCACCAUACGUUUAACAAAGCUAGAUAUAAGGUGGUGUAAAGUUUAUAAAGUGUUUCAAUUAAAAGUUUUAACGUUUCGUCACAUUAUAUAAUCAAUCAAUUUUUAUCCAAGUGUAUGAUAGUACGAGUCCUGAAGGAGUGUAUUAUUUAAGGCAGAUAUUUAUUAGAAAAAUAAAACUUUUUUAAUCA